GUUGAAGCUCAAGGGAGCGUGCGAGAGACGUUUUUUUUCUCAACUAAAAAAACUGGCUUCUCGCCCACAUGACGUUGUGAAAGUUGCAUAAUAUGGUCCGUAAAACGUCCGUGUAGCGUUCCCGCCGUGCUUCCAGGAUGUCUGCGUCCACAAGAGUCAGUUCAGCGCCGAGUUUGUCGAGGCCUCAACCAGCAGCGGACACCAGAGUGGCAGAACAGAAUUUUCCGGUCCCUGCAGUGAGCAGAAAGAUGGAGACUUCUCCUGUCAAGCAGCAGGUCAUCCCACAUGAACUCCUGGUCACCCUCACUUCCACUGUCUGCAACAGGAGCACACCAGGGCAAACCGCACAUCGUCGGCACUGCGAGGGCUGUGGAAUCAGACGGCCAGAUGCAGUCUGGCAUCAUCCGCUUGGACGCAAGAAAUAUAAAUACUUUUUGGAGCAGCCAACCACGCUGACUGGAGCUGGCAGGGAUAUUUCAUUCCUGUGUGAUGCCAUGGUAACGCAGAGGAAGACAACACCCCUUCCACCAGUGACUGACAAGAACAGCAAUGGAGACACACAGAACUUGAGCAUCUCAGAAAGUCUGAUCCCUGAAGAAUAUCACAUUGUGAAAAACAAAGGGAUACGGAGCCUUGAGUUCUAUGAAGAUGCAUUCACAGUGCAGCUGAAGGAUGAUGAGCAGAAGCUUCGGGCCCUCCCUUCUCUGAACCCCAGUGGCCGGCUGGAAGUGGUCCAGCUGAUGAGGAUGAUGGAUGACAUGCUAGAGAAGGCUGGAGUGGAUCAGCAGAGUGAGGAGCUGACUGAGCUCUCCCAACUGGAGAGUUUGCUUGAGCUGGUGAAGGUUGAGCAGAACAUCUACAACAUUGUUUUCCAUGAGCUGAUCAGGCAGGUCAGUGUGGGCUGUGCUGAAAGAGGACAACUGCUCGCAAAACUCAGACAGCGCUACCAGUCUCUGCUGGAUCGAAUCCCUCACCGUCUGAAAGCUUUACACACUGAGGCAGUGGCACAGCGGGCUCUGGACCGCCGCCUCACAGAGGAGAUCCAUCGCAUCAAGACUUCCAUCCAGCAGCUAAGCACGGAAUUGUCCAAAAUCAGAAACCACGACGCCUUUGUUUCCCAUCAGGCAGAGCUCGCUCACCGGCAGCUGGCUGAGGCACUCAAGCAAACUCACACUAACUCUGAUGUGGUCCAGGGAUACCAUGAGCUGUAUGAGCUGCAGAGGACUCGCCUUGAGGCUCAGCUGCUCCAGAUGACAGAGGACAGAGACUGCUGGAGCCAGAUCACCUUCUGCCUUGCCCUCAAGGUGAUCAGUGUGAAGAAGCUGCAGUUGGUCAGUCGGCUGCAUAUUAUCGAGCAAAGCUGGUUCAAGACAGCAGAACACUGCAUCCUUUACCUCACUUCAAAGGAUACAGAAAACCUGAAGAUUGUUAUGCUGCUUACUGACUCCUGGAAAGAGCAGCUGAUCGCUCUCACGUCGCAGCUGAAGCAGAUUGAGCAUGCUCAGUGUGCACAGAUCAGUACCACUCAGCAAGGCAUCUCCAAGUGGCUUUCCUUCUGCACCACAAAAAAGAAGUCUACUGAUACACAAUAUGACAAAACAUCAGUGGAAGAGCUUCAUGCUGAUUUGAAGGAGUGGUCGAAUAUGUUGGCACUCCAGUGUGAGCAUUACCAAGGUGAGAAACAGCUUUGCUGCCAGCAGACACUGGGCGAACUUUGCAGUCUCCAGGAAAAAUGGGUGAAUAUGAGCCUUCAGCUGUUUAGGAGACACACUUCUCCUGACGGUGAACCCCCUGGAGGCCAGCAGGACCUCAGAGAACUGGAUAAGGUCCUAUCUGAGCUCCUCAAACAACUGGAAACACAAGUUAGUGGAGAGAAUGGGAUACACAGACGGAUCACGUCAUUGCUCGGGUUGAUAGAAUCCUGGGUCUCCAAAAUUGCCACAGUGAAUGGAUGGCCAGAAAUGAUGUCUGUCUCUGAUUGGCUGAAGCUGGAGAAAGCAUUGCAUGAUUGGCAGAGUUUGGCUGAAGAAGUUUUACAGUGCAUCAUGCAGACAGAGAACAAAAAAGACCAGAACAAGCCUGACAUAUAUACCAAGACCGAAAAUGUGUUAGACAAAGUGCAAGGGUUUAUUACCAGGUUGUCCAGCUUCACUGAGGGUGAGAACCAAACACUCCAUGAAGAAGUCAGUUCUGUUCACAUGGCUCAGACUCGCUGGAUGUUGGAUCUGUUGAUCCUCAUGGUGCCUGACCAGAACGAGGAGGAGAAUGAAGAACAGGACAACCACUACACUGCAAAGAUCUCACUGCAGACUCUGGAUGAUGAUGCAAGGAUGCUAACUGGGAAACUAGACUAUUUUUCCAGCUACAUCAGCAGCUCCUGCACCCUGAUUGUGGAGCAGCAGGUUGUCCCAAAUCUACGUAAAGCUGAAGAUGAAAAUGUGAUGAACGAAUGCAAAAAUCUGCAGAGGGAGUGUGUUGAUUGGGUGGAGACCUGUAUGAUACUGCUCUCAGGAGUUCAUGAUCGUCCUGUGGAGCUGCCUGUCAAACAAUCGAUGGCCACGUCCAACAAUAAUGCCCAGGUCUCUCCAGCAGACAGCAUGGACAAUCACGUGAAUCAUGAAGCUUCAGCAGACAAUGAGGUCAAAGACAUCAAAGAUGAGAGUGAGACAGAACUAAGAGAGAGCAUUGCUGAAGGAAAUGAAACACAACAACAAGAGGGGGAGCUAAUGGUUUGUGAGAGCCCUGUGGUGAGGCUGAUUGGCUAUGAUGGAAAUGUCACACAAAGAAAGCUGGGACAGAGCAGAGUCCAGCUGAAUGAGACUGAUGAGCAGGUUGUGUCUCCAGUGACAGAAGAAACCCAGAAAGCUUUUAGUGAUCUGACCACAGUAGGAUUACUGCAGCAUGAACUGCAUGAUUCUGAGGUGCGAGUGAAGACCACUGAGGAGAGAGCACUGAAAGCUGAAGACGCCCUGCAGGCAGCUCUGGAGAAGAUUAAAGACCUGGAAAGGCAACUGCAGGGUCGGUCCAGUCUGGAGGCCAAAACUAAUGAAGAAGAAAAGAAGCAACCACCUUCCCCGCUGCCAGUAGCAGUACCAGCUAGUGUAAAAGAAAACCACAGCUGAAAGCAAACCAACAAGCAGCAGUAUAUUACCACCCAUAUACUAGCUAACAAGUUUCCAAAGUAGCCCAGUGGAAUGAAAAGGUCCAGCUGUCCUUAUUCGGAAUGUGCAACUUCUGUAUGAUAAUUACAUCACUCCAUUGUAUGCAGUUCAAAUUUGUUUGUGCCUCCUUCAAAAAAUUAAAGUUGUGCAGAUAUUCAA